AUGGCAGGCGAGAAAGUGAAAUUGCUUGGAUAUUGGGCAAGUCCUUUUGCUCUGAGGGUUCAUUGGGCACUGAAACCGAAAGGAAUUGAAUAUGACUACCAAGAAGAACAUCUUCCAAACAAAAAUCCUUUGUUGUUGCAGUACAAUCCAAUUCAUAAAAAGAUUUUAGUUUUGAUUCAUAAUGGGAAACCAAUUGCAGAAUCACUAUUCAUACUUGAAUACAUUGAAGAGACAUGGAAGCACAAUCCCAUCCUCCCUGAAGAUCCUUAUGAACGAGCCAAAGUGCGAUUUUGGAUAAAAUUUGUUGAUGACAAG